GUAAACAAAAUGGCGGCGGCGUGCGCGCUGCGGCGGCGGCGGAGAGGCUAAAGGGGCGCGGUUCGGCUGCAGCGGGCCCUGAGGCGAGUCCGUGAGGGCAGCGCGGGGACGGCGGCCGGUGGGGAUCCCUCUGAGACGGGUGGACGCCAGGGGAGCGCGGCGCCGGGGCCCGGCCCGGUGCGAGGCCCGGGAGUGGGGAGGGAGGACGAGGCCGCCGGGCUCCCCGCUCCGUUCCCCGUGUCGGCGGCGCAGCGCGGGGCCCGGCGCUGAGGGAGCGGCCCCGGCGCACGGGGAAGGCCCUUCCCUGGGCCGCUCGCGGAGCCCGGUUCCCGGCGGCGGCGUCCCCGCGGCCCAGCAGGCGCACGGCGUUCUGCUCCCGCCUCGCUCCUUCCGUCUCCUCGGAGGCUCUGCGCUGUUCCUCCGGCCCCGCUGACACCUGUGGGGGCGGCCUGUGAGGAGUCCGUCCCUCUACCCGCACCCGGGCGGGGAAUGGGGCGCUGGGAGCGCCUGGCGCAGAGGUUUGCUGCCUCUUGAGCCGUCCCGCACCUCGCUGUGCCCGCGCAGCUCCGGGGUUUGGCUUUCUGCCGGUGGGGUUUGGCUGUCCAACGCCCGCUGAGCCUGGGAACAGCAGCGGUGACACAUCAUGUGCCAGGCGCAAUCCAGGUGGCUGAAGGAUGCCCCUGGGAGAUCUCAAUAGGCACCGAAGGCCUCAAACUUUUGUAGGCGUGAAAAGCGAAGAAAUUAGAAUUGUUUCUGAAAACUCUUUCAAAGAAACCUGGUUCCAGCUUCCAAACGGCUGAAAAAAGCCCGAACGUCUGCUCUAGUGCUUGGAAGGUGAAGGCUGCAGGGCAGGAGUGCUUCCCCCACCGUCCUGCUGGGAGCUGGUGCCUGUGCUGGGAAUGGAAAGCCACGAACGAGACUUGGCAGUGGUCUGUUUUAUGUGAUGGUCUGAGGUCCCCAGGAUGACCUAGCACUUACCUUCACAAACUGGGCCAAGCAAAAGGCCGAGGUGACUUGAAAGAACCCUAAAGGUGGGACCAGGCCAGGAGCAAAGCGAGUCCCAACCUGAUCGUGUCUGGUCAGAGCUAUAUAUUCUUCUUAAGAGACGCGUUACUGGAGCAGACCUGGAUCUUUUAGCAUCCACUUGAGCUGGAAGCAGCUCAUAGUUUGUUUUGUUUUCUUGUUUUGUUUUGUUUUUUAAUUAAUGUUUGUACAAUCUUCUGGAUGUUUUUUUUCAAGAAGGAGUAAAAGGGAGUGUUGGAAACAAACAAACAGGAUUAAAACCCUGAGCGCUUAAGGAAGACAAGUUAAGGAACUUAAUCCAGGAUGGAUAUGCAGGAGCCUCAGCAGCUGGGUAUGUUUGGAGAGAGCGAGCUGAUGUCUGUGGGGAUGGACACUUUUAUUCAUCGCAUUGACUCUACUGAAGUCAUCUACCAGCCACGGCGGAAAAGGGCCAAGCUCAUUGGCAAGUACUUGAUGGGAGACUUGCUUGGAGAAGGAUCUUAUGGCAAAGUCAAGGAGAUGCUGGACUCUGAAACCCUCUGUAGGAGAGCUGUGAAAAUUCUGAAGAAGAAGAAGCUACGCAGAAUUCCCAACGGGGAGGCAAACGUGAAAAAGGAAAUCCAGCUCCUGCGACGACUGCGGCACAAAAAUGUUAUCCAGUUGGUAGAUGUGUUAUACAAUGAAGAGAAGCAGAAAAUGUAUAUGGUGAUGGAGUACUGUGUGUGUGGGAUGCAGGAGAUGCUGGACAGUGUCCCAGAAAAGAGGUUUCCAGUUUUUCAGGCUCAUGGGUACUUUUGUCAGCUUAUAGAUGGCUUAGAAUACUUGCACAGCCAAGGGAUUGUCCACAAGGAUAUAAAACCUGGGAACCUCCUGCUGACCACCAAUGGGACGCUGAAAAUAUCUGAUUUAGGCGUAGCAGAGGCAUUGCAUCCAUUUGCAGAGGAUGACACGUGCCGAACGAGCCAAGGGUCGCCAGCAUUCCAGCCACCAGAAAUUGCCAAUGGCCUUGAUACCUUUUCAGGCUUUAAAGUAGACAUCUGGUCCGCAGGGGUCACACUAUACAACAUUACAACGGGUCUAUACCCCUUUGAAGGGGAUAAUAUAUAUAAGUUAUUUGAAAACAUCGGGAAAGGUGACUUCACAAUUCCAGAGGAUUGUGGUCCUCCACUCUCAGACUUAUUGAGAGGGAUGCUUGAAUACGACCCAGCCAAGAGAUUUUCAAUACAGCAGAUAAGGCAGCACAAUUGGUUUCGUAAGAAACAUGCUCAGGCAGAGACUCUGGUGCCCAUACCUCCUAGCCCAGAAACAAAGGACAAGUGGAGAAGUAUGACGGCGGUGCCUUAUCUGGAAGAUCUGCAUGGCUACAAUGAGGACGAAGAUGAUGACUUGUAUGACAUUGAAGAUGAUAUCAUCUACACUCAGGACUUCACAGUACCAGGACAGGUGCCUGAGGAGGAGGCAGGGCAGAACGGGCAGAGCCGUGGCCGGGGGCUGCCCAAGGCCAUCUGCAUGAACGGAACGGAGCCGGGACAGCUGAGCACCAAAUCCAAGGCGGAGCGCAGGGCCAGCGCCUCCUCCAACCCCUCGCGCAAGGCCUGCUCUGCCAGCAGCAAGAUCCGCAAGCUCUCCACCUGCAAGCAGCAGUGAGCCGGGAGCAUCGCGCUCUGCACAGCAUCCCAGCAUCCUCGCCCCGCUCAGCGUCUCCUGGGGGCAGCCUGUGCUCACCGAGGACCCCCCCACCAAGGAACCCUCCCUGCCCCCCCCCCCAGCCCCUCGCUAUGGACAGUGCCCGGAGCCCAGCGCUGCGGGGAGCCCCCACAGCCCACCUGGGAUGGAGGACCCCAGCCUGGGGGGGGGGGCUGGAAUCUGCCCUCCUCCCCAUCACUCUUUGCCAAUCAAGACACUGAUUCUCUUUUUAAUUUCACGAUGGAAGGGUGGGAUGAGCGGGGCUGGGGGGUUUUCCUCCCCCCCCCCCCCCCCCCCCCCCCCCCCCCCCCCCUCGCCCUGGCUGCGUAGAAGUCGUGCAAAGCCAUUGCCGUGCACUUUAUGUUUUAGACUACUGUUAUAUAUUAUAUAUUUUCCUCUUUUUUUUUUUUUUUGUUUUGUUUAUAUUUGCGGUAUAUUUAGAGAUUCCUACACAUCGUGAUGUGUUUAAAAUAAACCAGAUGAGGAAAAAACAACAACAACAACAAAAAAAAAAACCAACCCAGGUUAUUAAGACAAAGCAAAACUCUAUUAAACCUGCAUGCUGUAAAGGGCUCGGAAAAGGGAAUGGGUGCGUUCAGCGUCUUUUUUUUUUUUUUUUCCUUUUUUUUUUUCUUUUUUUUAA